AUAUUGGCUGACCUAGAAAAUCAUGCGCUUUUUAAGGAUGACCUAGAAUGCCAGAAGCUUAUUCUAGAAGCCAUGAAAUACCAUCUUUUACCAGAGAGAAGAACUCUCAUGCAAAGUCCAAGAACUAAACCUAGAAAAUCUACAGUUGGGACACUUUAUGCUGUUGGAGGAAUGGAUAACAACAAAGGUGCUACAACUAUUGAAAAGUAUGAUCUCAGAACAAAUAUAUGGAUUCAGGCUGGAGUGAUGAAUGGCAGGAGGCUUCAGUUUGGUGUUGCUGUCAUCGAUGACAAGCUGUUUGUCAUUGGAGGACGGGAUGGUUUAAAGACAUUAAACACUGUUGAGUGUUACAAUCCAAAGACCAAGGCUUGGACUGUGUUACCACCAAUGUCAACACACAGGCAUGGCUUAGGCGUUACAGUACUUGAAGGGCCUAUUUAUGCAGUGGGAGGACAUGAUGGCUGGAGUUAUUUGAAUACAGUUGAGAGGUGGGACCCUCAAAAUCAGCAGUGGACAUUUGUGGCAAGUAUGUCAAUUGCCAGAAGCACUGUUGGAGUAGCAGCAUUAAAUGGCAAGUUAUAUUCAGUUGGAGGUCGGGAUGGAAGUUCAUGUUUGAGUUCAAUGGAAUAUUAUGAUCCUCACACAAAUAAAUGGAAUAUGUGUGCUCCUAUGUGUAAGAGAAGAGGAGGUGUAGGAGUGGCUACAUGUGAUGGCUUUCUUUAUGCAGUUGGAGGCCAUGAUGCUCCUGCUUCUAACCAUUGUUCAAGACUGCUGGACUAUGUAGAAAGGUAUGAUCCAAAAACAGAUACAUGGACAAUGGUGGCUCCACUGAAUAUGCCUCGAGAUGCUGUUGGUGUCUGUCUUCUUGGUGACAAAUUAUACGCAGUAGGUGGCUAUGACGGUCAAACAUACCUGAACACUAUGGAAGCAUAUGACCCUCAAACUAAUGAAUGGACACAGGUAAUCACAAAGUCUUUACUUUUUCCAUCUGUAACAUAUUUUGAUAGUUAUACAUACAACCACUACUUUUCUGGAAAGAAAAAAAAAAAAAAAGAUAUCUGA